AUGCAGAUUUUUCAAUGGCUCUUUAGAGCUACAAAUGGACAAGCAAGGGAAGACACUUCUGGUUCUACCAACAAGAAAGCAACAACUAAUGAUCAAGAAGCUAAACCAAAUUACAUAAUUGUCUUUAAGUGUGGCGGUGUUGGUGUGUAUCGGAAAUUCAAAGGAAUUGAAGAGAGAAAAUCAGGUAGUAAGAAGUUCAAGCCACUUGCCUUUCUACGUCGAAAGGAUGUGGCAAAGGCUUGCUUUUAUAGCACUCUUCAGUUAAAGAGACUUGGUAGCAUAAAUAGAAGGCAGGCUAGGCAGCGUUGGAUUCAAUCCACGAAGAUGAAGAAGGAAGAUAUUGCAAGAAGUCUGGGAAUUAGUACCAAGGCAGAUUCGGCAAAUGUAGGCAACAAGGUGUUACCGGUGACAGAUUCAACAUUAACAACCUCGACGAACACAAAUGAACAAUGUGGCACAUCAGAAAAGAAAGAAAGGGUUAAGGGAGACAAAACCAAAACCAUGUCAAGAAUGAAGGAGCUAUUGAGAUGGGCUGCUGCUGCAAAAUCAGAGAAGGGAGGAAAAUUUAUUGCUCGAAAGGUUAUGCAAUUUCGAAACCGUGGAACUCUGAAGGCAGUACCAGAUGAUGAUCAACUUAGCAACGAUUCGCCGAAGAUCAGCUUUAGAUGGGAUUUGGAAAGCUGCUCCACCACUUCCUCUGCCUACACAUCAAUUUCAACAGCAUCUUCAUUGAAAAAUGAUCAAAUCAUGAUCAUUAACCAGGCUUUGAAUUCAACAAAGUGUCAAGACCCCGACCGGGCUCCAAGGAAAGGGAACUGGAUCACCUCAGACUCAGAAUGUAAAACAUGCUUCCUCCUAGAUUGUGGUGCUAGAGCUAUGAAGAUCAUCAGGUCUAAGAAUUGUUCUUCAAGGGUUGCAUAG